UUGCCACGCGCGUGAGGGGAAGAACUCAGUUUUCGACUCGUUCGAACUUUUGUAAACAUUGUUAAGGUUCUAGUGCGGAAAUACGUGUUUCUGUGUCGGUCAGCCAUCAAGGAGAGAGUGACAGAUUAUUUUAAGAUUUUUUCUUUUUUACAACUUGUUUGUUCCUGCGUAGGACGCCGCUGCUGCAUUCAAGUCAAGCAAGUACGAGAAUAUUUCCCAGGAUUUACUGGCCCGUUGGACUUUAAAAGGAGGAGGAGGAGUUUUCGUGAACCUAACUAAUACCAUUUAAAAGGUAAUUAAAGUAAACUCGGUUUUGAGAAGGCUACCACUGCGGUGGGAGCACCAACCGCGUUUUUUUUUCUUCUUCCCCCCUUUCGACGAAGCCGGGGUUUAAAUCCUCAAAAUGUCGAGCUACAGUCGCCAUCGACACGGAACGCCUUCUCCCAAAUGCCGACCGAUUCGUCAGAAACUACAGUUCGCAUCCAGCGACGGUGAAGACGAUUCUAUGGAGGAUGUCAGCAACAGUACCGGGGGAGAGUCCGGCUUCACGGAACUGGACUCCCCGACGCCAGUGCGACGGAGCGCGGUGAACAAGCUGCAAGAAGGCAGCAGCAGCCCCCUGAACAACUCCGGAGGAGACGAAGACGUGGAGCUAUGGGAGGAAGAUGGCUUUGGUUCCCCGUCCCUGCAAUCACCUAGCAGCGUUAUUUUCGCAAACUGUUCGCCGUCUCCGGAGAAAGUGACGCGGCUGUAUGGAGGGCCACCUGACCCGAGCUACAUUCAGGAUGACGGCGAGGGGUCCAGCUCUCCGAUCCCGGACUGCCCCGACACUCCCCCGCAUAAAACCUUCAGAAAACUCCGGCUCUUCGACACACCACAUACACCAAAGAGUUUGCUGUCCAGAGCCAGGGGCUCUGUCCCGGGAUCGUCCAGCAGAAGAGUUGCUCUCUUCAAGAACGUCCAGUCUCCACGAAAGUCCUUAACAGAUAGCAGCAGGAGACCACAGAUCCCCCUGGUUAACUUUAACCCCUUCACUCCUGACUCCCUCCUAAUCCAGUCUGCCACACAGCAGAGAAACAGGAAGCGAGCACAUUGGAAUGACUCUUGUGGAGAAGACAUGGAGGCCAGUGAUGGCGAAGGAGAGGAGGAAAUUCUCCCACCAUCUAAAAGGAUCACCAUGAUGGAGAGCAACAUGAUGUCUCGCUACGCCUCAGAGUUUCUCGAGCUGGAGAAAAUUGGCUCUGGGGAGUUUGGUGCCGUCUUCAAGUGCGUUAAAAGGCUCGAUGGCUGCAUCUACGCUAUUAAGAGAUCAAAGAAACCUCUGGCGGGAUCAGUAGAUGAGCAAAAUGCCCUGCGGGAGGUGUACGCCCACGCCGUGCUGGGGCAGCAUCCCCAUGUGGUGCGGUACUAUUCAGCCUGGGCUGAGGACGACCACAUGCUGAUCCAGAACGAGUACUGCAACGGUGGCACACUGUCAGAUGUCAUUGCUGAAAACUACAGGCGGCUCGCUUACUUAUCUGAAUUGGAGCUGAAAGAUCUGCUGCUGCAGGUCUCUAGGGGACUCAAGGACAUCCACUCCAUGUCUCUGGUGCACAUGGAUAUUAAGCCUAGCAACAUCUUCAUUUCACGCAAAUCUGUAGGGAGCUGUGAGGAGUCUGAUGAGGACGAUGGACUAACGACCAGCGUUGUCUACAAAAUUGGCGAUCUUGGUCACGUGACUCGAGUAAACAAUCCACAGGUGGAAGAGGGGGACAGCAGAUAUCUGGCCAAUGAAGUUCUGCAAGAGGACUACAGUACCUUGACAAAGGCAGACAUCUUUGCUUUGGCUCUGACCGUGGUCAGUGCUUCGGGAGCCGAACCUCUACCCAGCAACGGUGAAAAGUGGCAUGAAAUCAGGCGGGGAAAAUUACCCUUCAUCCCACAAGUGCUUUCUAUAGAUUUCCUCGGUUUGCUCAAGCUCAUGAUCCAUCCUGACCCAACCAAACGACCGUCGACCUCUGACCUCAUCAAACACCCGGUGCUUCUGACAGCUGCUAGAAUGAGUGCAGACCAGCUCCGGGUUGAGCUCAACGCAGAGAAAUUUAAGAAUGCUCUGCUUCAAAAAGAGCUGAAGAAAGCCCAGCAAGCCAGAGCGGCGGCUGAAGAGAAGGUUUUGUCGACUGACAGGAUCUUGACCCGCUCCACGCUCCAGUCCAACCCUAGAACUUCUAGGCUCAUCGGAAAGAAGAUGAAUCGAUCAGUCAGCCUUACGAUCUACUGACAUUUUGCUUCUACAGGAAUUCAAACACAAAGGUUCAUGGAUCUCUAAAGUAGACCUGUUUAGGUGAACUGGUCUUGUUUUUCCUUUUUGGAGAAGAACCCUGUUCGUUAUGUCGGGAUCUUCUGGCCAACCCCAGCUGUAGACUGUUGCUACACUAAACUGGAAGUUUUCUCAAUAAACUCUUGUGUAGUUCAGCCCCAUUUCUGUUGGGCCCUUUUUCCUUCGAGGGGAAAAAAAAACUUUAUUGUUUCCUUAAAGGUAGUUGCUUUACCUUUCACACUCAGUCAUUCCUUAAGUUUGCAAAGACAUCAGGUUCUCUCCAGGACUGCCGUUGCACUUCCCUGGACUGAGCCCAAGCUUGUUGGCAGCAGAUCCAAGCUGCAGCGAAGUUCUCUUCAGGGUGAAUGUACUUGCCUUAGCCGUGUGCACCUUACUGCCUGUCACAAGCCUGAUGCUGGGUACCUGAUGGUCUGAAAACUGACGAUGUCUGUUUGUAAAGGAGCACUUUGGAGGUGGAUAGUAGUACAUGUGGUAUUACUAUUUACCACAGCAUUUAAAGGAAAAAGUAUCUUGCUGCUAUUAAUGUUUUGUAUGUGUCGGGGCUUUACUCAAAGUUUGGAUCGUUCUUGAGAUUGUUGGCUCUUACUUUGAAGUGACAGGAGUCAAUUGGCACCUGUUAAAACCUGCUUUAGUUUUCUUUUUGGAUCAUGUGAUCUGAGGACUUCAUUCUGUCUGUCUGAAUAACCGAAACCAGUAACCUGACUCAUUAUUUGAGGUUUGGAUGGAUCCACGCUUUGAUUUAGUUUCCCUGUUGAUCUGUGCCGCCAGCCCCACCUGUAGCAUUAGAACAAUCAUCGUCCUGUCCUUUGGUUGCUCAUCUGUUCUUCUGUCCUGCCACCAGCUUCACAAAGCUCCUCGUCUUAUUGUUGAAAUGAUUUCUCAUCUUCAUGUUCCUAUAAACCCUAACACAGAAAGCUUUGAUUCUGUAACAUGUACAUAUGUUCUGUAAUAAAUCUUUUUCUUUUAUUAGUGAUUUAAA